AGUGGGGCUGACUGCGCGGAUCCUUCCUCGCCCCUCGGCGGAGCGGGUGCCAGCACUGAGGGGCGCGCUUGCGUCCGUUUCUGGGCACGCCUUGGCCGGGCGGAGGUGGGGGAGUGGCGGGGCUGGGAGCUGCACGGCUGCUUAGGGCAGCCCCGCGGGGCCGAGUUUGGCCUUUCUUACGUCAGUGGCCAGUGGGAGCCCUUUGGGGUCUGGGUGGGGUCAGGGAGAGGGGCUGCGACUGGAUUAGAACCGGGGUUGUGCCGAGCGGCGCCUGCGUAGAAGAACGAGAGGUUAUAGAACUCACAGGGUUACGCCGCUUCCCUUUAUUGGGGAGAAAAAGAUUGGGACUGUAGCUCUGGGGCGAGGCCUUGGGCAAAAGAGGCGGGGGCGACGGUAGGCAGGGGCGGCAUUUGACCGAGAAUUUUUUCUUCUCUAUACCCAGACGUACAGUUAGUAAACCACGCGUGGUAUCUGAGGGGACUGUUUUUGGCAACUUGGUUCCCUCUGCAUAAUGGGAGGAGAAGUCUUUGUUCCACCCAGAUUCAUAGGUUGUGGUCCUAAUACUUAUUUCCCUUCCUUUGUUGUAGACUUACUAGAAUGCUUCAAAAAGUUAAUGACAAGAAAAUUAACACGUAGGUUUUAAAAAUACUAUAAAUCAUUUUUUACAGUAAAUCCAAGUAGAAUUUUUUCAGUGUUGGCAUAUGCUGCAUUAACAUUUUACUGGAAAGGAGAAACGCCUAACAGCCCAUUUUCCUUUAUAUGGCACAUUCUCGAGGUCUCAUAGAUUUUGGGGGGAGGGUAGAUUGCUUCCAACAGGAAAAAAAAGUACUAUACAGUGAUGGAAAAGACAAGUAGGCUAUCAAUAUGACGGCUGAAGAAACAGUGAAUGUAAAAGAGGUUGAAAUCAUUAAGCUAAUUUUGGACUUCCUGAAUUCAAAGAAGCUUCAUAUUAGUAUGUUGGCCCUUGAGAAGGAAAGUGGAGUCAUAAAUGGCCUAUUUUCAGAUGAUAUGCUUUUCCUGAGACAACUAAUCCUUGAUGGUCAAUGGGAUGAAGUUCUUCAGUUCAUUCAGCCUCUAGAAUGUAUGGAAAAAUUUGACAAAAAAAGGUUUCGUUAUAUUAUCCUGAAGCAGAAGUUUUUAGAAGCAUUAUGUGUUAACAAUGCAAUGUCAGCAGAAGAUGAGCCCCAGCAUGUAAGAUUUUUAUUCCUGAAGCUGGAAUUUACCAUGCAAGAAGCUGUGCAAUGUUUACAUGCUCUAGAAGAGUACUGUCCUUCUAAAGAUGACUAUAGUAAGCUCUGUUUGCUUUUGACUUUGCCUCGUCUGACCAAUCAUGCCGAAUUUAAGGACUGGAAUCCCAGCACUGCACGAGUUCACUGUUUUGAAGAGGCUUGUGUCAUGGUUGCAGAAUUCAUCCCUGCUGAUAGGAAGCUGAGUGAGGCUGGUUUUAAAGCAAGUAACAAUCGUUUAUUUCAGCUUGUAAUGAAAGGCCUACUUUACGAAUGCUGUGUAGAAUUUUGUCAGAGUAAAGCAACUGGAGAAGAAAUUACAGAAAGUGAAGUACUUCUUGGCAUUGACCUCUUAUGUGGUAAUGGUUGUGAUGAUUUGGAUCUGAGUUUAUUGUCCUGGCUUCAGAAUCUCCCAUCUUCUGUGUUCUCUUGUGCUUUUGAACAGAAAAUGCUUAAUAUUCAUGUUGAUAAACUUCUGAAACCUACAAAAGCUGCAUAUGCUGAUCUUUUGACUCCUCUUAUCAGCAAACUUUCUCCUUAUCCAUCAUCUCCAAUGAGAAGACCUCAAUCAGCUGAUGCCUAUAUGACCCGCUCUCUGAAUCCUGCUUUAGAUGGCCUCACUUGUGGACUAACCAGUCAUGAUAAGAGAAUUUCAGACCUUGGAAACAAAACUUCUCCAAUGUCACACUCCUUUGCUAACUUCCAUUAUCCAGGGGUUCAAAACCUCAGUAGAAGUCUCAUGCUUGAGAAUACAGAAUGUCACAGUAUUUAUGAAGAAUCCCCUGAGCGAAGUGAUACACCUGUUGAGGCACAGCGGCCUAUCAGCAGUGAAAUCUUGGGCCAGAGUUUAGUUUCAGAAAAAGAGCCUGCAAAUGGAGCACAGAAUCCAGGACCAGCUAAGCAAGAAAAAAAUGAGCUUCGAGAUUCAACAGAACAAUUUCAAGAAUAUUAUAGGCAAAGAUUACGCUAUCAACAGCAUUUAGAACAGAAGGAGCAACAGCGACAGAUAUACCAGCAGAUGUUGCUCGAAGGAGGUGUCAAUCAGGAGGAUGGUCCUGAUCAGCAGCAGAAUCUUACUGAACAGUUCCUCAAUAGGUCCAUUCAAAAGCUUGGUGAAUUAAAUAUUGGAAUGGAUAACCUUGGUAAUGAGGUAUCAGUGCUUAACCAGCAAUGUAAUGGGAGCAAAGGCAAUGCAUCUAAUAGUUCUUCUGUGACUAGUUUUGCUACACCACCCCAAGACUCUAGUCAGAGAUUAACACAUGAUACUUCAAAUAUUCACACAAGCACUCCUCGUAAUCCUGGAUCAACAAAUCACAUACCUUUUCUGGAGGAAUCACCUUGUGGAAACCAAACCUCAUCAGAACAUUCGGUCAUUAAGCCACCUCUUGGAGAUUCUUCAGGGAAUCUAUCAAGGUCAAGAGGGGAAGAGGAUGACAAAUCAAAAAAGCAGUUUGUUUGUAUUAAUACCUUAGAAGACACACAAGCUGUUAGAGCAGUGGCUUUUCAUCCAGGUGGUGGUUUAUAUGCUGUUGGUUCAAAUUCAAAAACUUUGAGAGUAUGUGCCUAUCCAGAAGUCAUUGAUCCAAGUGUACAUGACACUCCUAAGCAGCCAGUGGUACGUUUUAAAAGGAAUAAACAUCAUAAAGGAUCCAUUUACUGUGUGGCCUGGAGCCCUUGUGGACAGUUAUUAGCAACAGGAUCAAAUGACAAAUACGUCAAAGUGCUGCCCUUCAAUGCAGAGACUUGUAAUGCAACAGUUUCAGGACCAGAUCUGGAGUUUAGUAUGCAUGAUGGGACAAUUAGAGACUUGGCCUUUAUGGAAGGCCCAGAAAGUGGUGGAGCUAUUUUAAUAAGUGCUGGAGCGGGGGAUUGUAACAUUUAUACAACAGAUUGUCAAAGAGGACAAGGCCUCCAUGCUUUGAGUGGACAUACUGGGCAUAUUUUAGCACUUUAUACCUGGAGUGGCUGGAUGAUUGCAUCUGGUUCCCAAGAUAAGACUGUUAGAUUCUGGGAUCUUCGAGUACCAAGUUGUGUUCGUGUUGUUGGCACAACAUUUCACGGAACUGGCAGUGCUGUGGCAUCUGUAGCUGUAGAUCCCAGUGGCCGUCUUUUAGCCACAGGUCAAGAAGAUUCUAGCUGCAUGUUGUAUGACAUAAGAGGAGGAAGAAUGGUACAAAGUUAUCAUCCUCAUUCCAGUGAUGUUCGCUCUGUUCGAUUCUCCCCUGGAGCUCACUACUUGCUAACAGGCUCUUAUGAUAUGAAAAUAAAAGUGACAGACCUACAAGGGGACCUCACUAAGCAGCUUCCUAUCAUGGUGGUGGGGGAGCACAAGGACAAAGUGAUUCAGUGCAGAUGGCACACCCAAGAUCUUUCCUUUCUGUCGUCUUCUGCAGACAGAACUGUAACCCUCUGGACUUACAAUGGAUAGAGUACAUCUCGUGUCAGUCUAUGCAGUGAAAGCACACAGACUUAAGACUACUGAGUUGUAAAAAUUACAAAUCUGAAGAACAUAAACUGUCCAGGAAAGUGGUUUAGCACGAGGAGGCCCCCUUCUUACCAUGUAUACUAUUGAGAGGUGUUGGGUGGUGUUAUUCUGCAGUGCUUUCAGUCUUCCAUGUGAGCUCGUGCUGCUGUGACCUGAUAUAUGUAGUCUCGUUGCCAAAGUCUGCGCAAGAGCUCUUAUGUUAUCGGUGUGCACUCCAAGUCGAGGUGGAUGAUGUGUUUACGGUUUAGUAUUAAAUGCAUUCCUUGGUCUCUGCCUAAAUAAUGGUUUUAUAUAAACAUUGAACUUCAACUAUAUUAUUACAUGUAAUGCAACCAGGUUCUAUCCAGAUUAAACAUAGGUGUUCAGAAAUUACUUUUACUCUUCUCACAAUCCCAUAUUGUAUCACUUAUCUUCUAGAGGUCAGAAUUUUAUAUGUCACUGAAAAGUUACAUGGUUAUUUUCACUUGAGGAUCAUUAUGGAGUUUAAAGAUGAAUGGAAAACUGCUUCUUAGUUCAAGGGUAUAGGCCUUUUCUUUUUUCUUAAACCCAGGGAUAUGAUCACUAUUUUGUCACACAAUUUUGUUUCAGGCUAAAAGGUAAAUGUGUUUGCUUCAGAAACUUGUUUUUCAAUUUUUUGAAUGCAACAAGAUACCUCCCUUCCAAACUGCAGCGUAGGAGCAGGACUGCAGCAGUUAUGUGAUGCAACACUUGAUGGUACAGUAAAUUUACUGGCUAGCAUUUUUCCUCUUAAAAAUUAAAAACUUUGUCAUAGGCCAUAGCAUGGCUUGAAAUGCUAUGUCUGCAUGAUCAUUUAAAAUGGGAAAUUUAAACUUUGCACUCCAAAAGCUUAUUUGGAUUUUUUUUCUUGCACUGUUUUGUGUAAUGCAGAGUAAUGAUUUUAUUUCUAUGGCAUUGUAGAUCCUAACAUUUAUGUAUCUUUAUUUUCAUAUUGUACAGUAAUUUUACUUUAAAUUAUUAAAUAGGCUAUUUUAUUUAUUUCAAAUGCAGUUGUUUUGGUUCUAAUUGAACUGUUUGUGCACUGUAUGUAGCAAGCAUUUUUAAUCUAUUGUAUACAAGUAGAAAGGGUAUUAGAAGUGUAACUGUGCUAUUAUUUCAAUAAAGACCUCUUGACACUUAAAACU